AUGAGCACAAAGCUGAAGAAGUUUGUCCUGUAUUGUGUGACCAUGGAGGAGGCGACAUUGCGGAUCUGGCCUUUGCAGCAACCAUCUCUGCUUUGGCUGCUGGGCCCUGAGAAAGCCUCUCACAUUGUAAACCCACCCAUCUUCGAAAAGCCCAUAAGCCCUCUGGUACAGCGCCUGCUGGUGGCUGGUAUAGACAUGGGGGCUGAGGAGCUCUGGAGGGCCCUGCAUGUGGAACCCAAGUGCCGGCGUCAGCUUGCAGAAGCCAAGAAAGGCUGCUCGCUUUCCCACCAGGUACCGUGGCUAGGAUGCCCAGUUUCCACACCUCGGAUGCAGCAAGUGGCCCAUUGGCGGCAACAGCUGCACACAAUGCACCGUCUUGGGAAGCAGCGCCAGCACACAGCCAGCUGCCUUCUGGCCACAAAGCACAUUACCGACCUCAGUGAUCCCUACGGGACUGAAGGACCCACUCGGUACCUGCACUGCAUCCCAGGCAAUAAGCAGGUAGCCAAUGCUCAAGGGCCAGAAGAGCCUGACCUGCUAUACCAUGGCUGUUCAGAGGGGAGCUGCUAUCCGGCCACAGGGAACCUGCUCAUUGGAAGGUCCCACAGCCUAAGUGCAACAUCCACUUGUGGCUUGGAGGAGCCCCAGGAAUACUGCAUCGUAAGCCAUCUACAGGACUCUGAGAAAUGCUUCGUUUGUGACUCACAUUCACCCUCCCUUCGUGAGAGCCACCGGAUUGAGAAUGUCAUCUAUCUGAGUGGCCAGGAUGGUGAGCAGACCUGGUGGCAAUCAGAGAAUGGUGUUGAGCAGGUCAGCAUCUGCCUGGACCUGGAAGCUGAGUUCCACUUCACUCACCUCAUAAUGAAAUUUAAGACCUUCCGCCCAGCAGCCAUGUUGAUUGAACGUUCAUCCGAUUUUGGGCACACUUGGAAAGUUUAUCGUUACUUUGCCUUCAAUUGCUCCAAGCUGUUCCCUAGAAUCCCUACCCAGAUCCCGACACAUGUCAACCAGGCAGUGUGUGACCAGCGAUACUCUGAGAUUGAGCCCUCCAGCCACGGUGAGGUGAUUUUCAAAGUUCUGGACCCAGCUGUAAAGGUAGAGGACCCUUACAGCCGAGAAAUCCAAGAUCUCUUACGAGUCACUAACCUGCGGGUGAACUUCACCAAGCUGCACACUCUGGGCGACAACCUACUGGACUCCCGACAUCAGGUGCUGCAGAAGUACUACUAUGCCGUAUACGAGAUGGUGUUGCGUGGGAGCUGCUUCUGCUAUGGACAUGCCUCGGAGUGUGCCCCCCUGCCUGGGGUGUCAAGCAGAGUUGAAGGCAUGAUCCAUGGACGGUGUGUGUGCAAACAUCACACCAAGGGCCUCAACUGUGAGCUCUGCAAGGACUUCUACCAGGAGUUGCCAUGGAGACCAGCUGAGGCCGACAAUCCGCAUGCCUGCCGGGAAUGUAACUGCAACGAACACUCACACAAGUGCCACUUCGACAUGGCUGUGUACCUGGCCACAGGCAACACCAGCGGUGGGGUCUGCGACGAGUGCCAGCACAACACCGUGGGCCGGCACUGCCAGCUCUGCAAGCCCUUCUACUAUCGCAACCCUCUGGCUGACAUCCGGGCCAGCACGGCCUGCAUCCCCUGUGACUGUGACCCAGUGGGCUCCUUGGAUGGUGGCGUGUGUGACAGUCACACAGACGCAAUGCUGGGCAUGAUUGCUGGGCAGUGCCGCUGCAAAGAGAACGUCAAGGGGAUGCGCUGUGACAGCUGCAAAGAAGCCUUUUACGGACUGAGCCGCAACGACCCCCAGGGGUGCCAGCCUUGCAGGUGUGACCCUCGUGGGAUCAUCGCAGGUAGCAGCCCCUGCGACCACAUCAGCGGUGACUGCUACUGCAAGCGUUUUGUUACGGGGCGAUAUUGCAACCAGUGUUUGCCUGAAUACUGGGGGCUCAGCUAUGACAUGACUGGAUGCCGAAGCUGUGCUUGUGAUUUUGGAGGUGCCUACAGCAACAGGUGCUCCACAGAUGAUGGGCAGUGCCCUUGUCGGGCCAACCUCAUGGGCCGCCAGUGCAAUGAAGUGCAGCCUGGGUUUUUCUGCAUGCCCCUGGACUACUAUAUGUACGAAGCAGAGCAUGCCACGGGCCACCCGCCAACCCAUCCUGGUCUGCCGGGUGCCUUGCGUCCUGAGGCUCCGGGUGACUGCGUGGAAUAUUACAACGGGGUCCAGAACGGGCGCAAAGUGAGGCUGCGACGCCAGCACAGCACAGUGAGGCUCUUGCAGCAGAGAGCAGCACUCAGGCGAGCCCGGCAGCUUCAGCAAAAGCCUGAUGUGGAGGUUGUGCAGCGCGAACACACAGGACACAUGAUUACAUGGACUGGCCCAGGAUUUGCCCGUGUACGGGAUGGAGCUGGCUUAACCUUCCACAUCGACAACAUUCCUUACCCCAUGGAGUAUGACAUUCUGUUACGCUAUGAGCCGGAGUCUACAGAGGACUGGGAAGCUGUCGUCAGUGUCAGCUCACAAGCUUUGCCCAUGAGCCCACGCUGUGGCAACGUGCUGCCUUCGGAGCAGAAAUACCGGGAGAGCUUGCCUCACAGUUCCAGGUAUGUUCUCCUGCCACGGCCUUUCUGCUUUGAGCCCAGGAACUAUUACGAGAUCACAGUGCGCUUCCAGAGAGCAGGUGUGACACAGCGGCACCUUGCAGCCUUCAUCCUCGUUGACUCGCUGGUUCUUUUGCCUCGUGUGACUGAGCUGCCUGGUCUCCAUGGAAAUGAUCCAGCGGCAGUGGAGCGUCGGGAGGAGCUAGAGCGCUACACGUGCCUAGAGGCAUUCCGUAUGGCCACCAUGCCUGACCUGGCUGAGAUGUGUGCUCGUCUGCUCUGCAGCAUCUCUGCCCUGAUGCAUGAUGGGGCACUGCCCUGCCAAUGUGACCCGCAAGGCUCCACCAGCAGUGUCUGCCACAAACUUGGGGGGCAGUGUCAGUGUAAACCCAAUGUGGUGGGUCGCCGUUGUGAUCAGUGUGCCCCAGGCACCUACGGGUUUGGGCCAUACGGCUGCAGUUCUUGCGCCUGUUCCCCCGAGGGCUCUGUCUCCAAGAUCUGUGACCCAGUCAGUGGGCAGUGCCGGUGCCAGCAUGGGACUGUGGGGCGGCAGUGUGACCAGUGCCCACCAGGCCAUUGGGGCUUCCCAAGCUGCCGCCCUUGCCACUGCAAUGGCCACUCGGAGGAAUGCGACUCACACACGGGCGCCUGCCACCAGUGCCGUGAUUACACAGCCGGCCGUCACUGCGAGAGGUGCUUGGAUGGUUACUACGGAGACCCAGUCUUGGGCUCGGGGCAACAAUGUCGGCCCUGCCCGUGUCCCGGGUAUCCGGGCUCUCGGCAUUACCACGGCAUCUCCUGUCACACUGAUAGGGGGACCAACCAGAUAGUUUGCCUGUGUGCUCCAGGCUAUACAGGGCCCCGUUGUGACCGCUGCUCACCUGGAUAUUUUGGAGCGCCCGAGCAGGAGAAUGGAGCCUGCCGUCCCUGUCAGUGCAACAACAACAUUGACACCAGUGACCCUGAGUCUUGUGACCCACGCACUGGCCAGUGCCUGCGCUGCCUCUACCACACUGGGGGACCCCACUGUGCCGAAUGCCAACCUGGUUACUACGGCAAUGCUUUUCAACGUAACUGCCGACGCUGUACCUGUAACGAGGAGGGAACCCUCCCCGCACACUGCUCUGAGGGCAUCUGCUACUGUGACCGAACGACGGGCAGCUGCCCCUGCCGUGCCAAUGUAGUCGACAAGAACUGUGAUAAAUGUGCCACCAACUUCUGGGGCUUCGGCAGUGAGCUGGGGUGCCAGCCGUGCAACUGUGACCCCGCCCAUUCGUUACGGUCAGACUGCAACUUGUUCACAGGGCAGUGCCAUUGUCGUCCAGGCUUCGGAGGGCGGGUUUGCUCCCAAUGCCAAGAUAAUCACUGGGGUGAUCUGGAGCAGGAGUGUCUGGCAUGUGAGUGCAGUCCAACAGGAUCCGAGACCCUGCAGUGCGACCGUCUCGGCGGACACUGCCUGUGCCGGGCUGGCUUCACGGGGCGGCGCUGCGACCAGUGCCAGAGGGGCUUCCGGCAGAACUUCCCCCGUUGCUCUGCCUGCCACCCUUGCUUUGGUCAGUGGGACCAGGUGCUGGAGCAGCUCUGGGCACAGCUGCAACGGUUGCAGGACACCGUCCAAGCCCUGAAGGAAGGUGGCCCCAUACCUGAGGCCAGCAACAGCCGUAUGCGCAAACUGGAGAGGAGCCUGGAUCAGGUGCAAGAGCUUCUUGGGGAUGGGAGCAGUCCAAGCACCUCCCUGCUAAACCACCUCAGCACUCUCCUGGCACAGUUCAGGGCUGACAUGGAUGAGGUAUGGCAACAGCUGCAGACCACUGAUUCGCACCUGGAUGGCACUGAGCAGGAUGCUGCAGGACAGAGGAGCCGCCUGAACGCGCUGAACCGUGAGCUAGGCACACUGAACCGCACGGUCAGCCACCUCCGCAACCAGCUGGGGAGCAUAGCAGGCGCCAACUUUAAUGAGUCUUUCCAUAGCAUCGUGGGGUACUUCCAGAUGUCGGAGCAGGCACAGCAGCAAGCAGAGGCCUCCGUCCAAGGGCCGCAGAGCCCCGUGGGCCAAGCCAAACGCACACACGAGUCCACCGUCGAGCUGCUAAAGCGUAGGGGAGACACCUUUCGAAGGAGUGCGGCAGCUCAACGAAAAUCACUUCGUGACCUCAAGAAAAAGGUCAGCGGCCUCCACCUCCGCAGGGUCAACCAGAAGAUAUGUGGCGGUUCUGGAGAAGAGGACUGUGAGCAAGCCCCCUGUGGAGGGGCCAACUGCAAGGACAACUCAGGCCAGCGGCACUGUGGAGGCCCUGGCUGCACUGGAGCGCUGCCUGUGUCCAUGAAAGCUCUGGAUACGGCCCAGAACAUCUCCCGCCGGCUGGAGGCCACCACCAGGCAACUUGGCACCAUUGCUAGCAAGGUGCAAGAAAUCCAGAACUUGGCACGAGAUACCAGGAACCGCGCCCAGGAGACUCUGGACCGUGCUCAGGUGGCCCGGAGCCGCACGGAGAACUCGACAGCUAGGCUGAGGGAAUUCAUCCAGAGGAUAAAGGACUUCUUAGCAGAGGAAGGUGCUGAUCCGGAAAGCAUUGAGCUCGUGGCCCAGCAGGUCCUGAACAUCUCCCUGCCCAUCAGCCCCAGUGAGAUUGGCAGCCUGCUCCAGGAGAUCCGAAACACCAUCAGCCAGCUAGACGGGGUGGACGUUAUCUUGAACAGCACCGUGAAAGAUCUGGCGCGGGCCAGGGAUCUGCUGGCAAAAGCAGAACAGGCCAAGGAACGUGCACAGGGCAUACAGGCCACAAUCACAGAUACACGUGCGGCACUGAACGAUGCAAGGCACAAAGUGAGGGCAGCCGAGCGAGCAAUGAGCAGCACCCGGGAAGUUAUCCGAAAUGUGGAGAGGAGAGUGGCACAGGCUGAGGACAGGCUCCAGGCAGUGGUCAACAAGGGGUCACAACUGGAAAGCCGCCUAGGAAAUCUGGCACAGGAUGUGGCUACCUUACAAGAGAAAUCCCAGAACAAUCAGCAGCUGGCCCAGCAGGCAAAAGGAAAAGCUGAGCGUGCUACUGCUGUUGCAGGCAGGCUGUCCAAGGAGGUGGAGAAAGUGAUGCAAAAAUACCAAGACUUGCAGAAGCAAUUGGAAAACCAGCCUGGGGGAGGGGACUCCUUGCAAAGGCUGAUGAGCCUGAAGACGGAAGCACAGAAGCUCCUUGACAAGGCAAACAGCAGCAAGAGAAAGGUGGAUGAGUUAGAGGAGCGCUUCGAGGCCAAUGAGAGGGAGAUGCAGGCAAAAGCAACAAAGCUGCAGACACUGGAGAAGACGGUGAUGGAACUACUGCACUACAUACGGGAGAAAUCCACUGCCUAUGCUACCUGCUAGGGCCAAAGUUUCUGCCAUCAAAGCCUCAGGCCUGACUUCUGCCAGCUUCAAUGCUCUACCUUGGUGGGACUCUCCCAUACAAGUCAGUGUCCAGCUAGUCUCUGAGACCUUGUCUGUAGAUUCAGGGCCUUAAUGUAAAAUUAGUUCGUUUCAUCUUCUUAUGCACUGUACCAGGUAGGUCUAACUGGGGCCGGGCCUAGCAGAACAAUUCUAGUGGCAAAAUCUCAUAUCAAUGCAGUUACGUUGUUUUGAGUCCAUAUUAUGUCCUAAGACUCAGACUGGGGUAAUUAGAAAAGUAUAUAUGCCUGUGGGUAUUUUCCAGAGAGAUGGAACAUGUCCGCCCUAACUCUGUUCAUGGAAUAAUUCCCCUCAACCUCUUCCUGCCUUCCUCAGGACAUUUUUUUGCGAUUGCCAAGAAAACAAAG